CCUAACAAAAAACCUGUUAGCUUUCAAGUUUCUAUUUCUUAUCCGUCUCCUCUCGCCACAGUCUCAACCAACUCUUUACUCCUCUUCCGUUUUCCUUCACGCUUUUUCGAUUAAAAAAUUCGUCCUCAAAAUCACGCCAUCUUCUCUAUUCUUCACGUUUCGAUCUUCGUUUUCCUCCGAUUUUGGACUGCUUUAAAAGUAAAUGCUUGUUGGAGCUGAGGAGGGAAACUGCAAGCUGAAUUACUCAAUGGAAAACGGCGUUUGUGAUGCCGGUGUGUGCUCAUCAGAGUCGGUGAACGGAAGCCAAGACGUCUGGAGCUCUAAGGAGAGUGAUUCUCUCUCCGCCGACCAUCUUGUUGUCAUGGUCAAUGGCAUAAUGGGGAGUAUCACUGAUUGGCAGUACGCGGCAGAGCGAUUCGUUAAAAGGCUUCCUGACAAGGUUUUUGUUCAUCGUAGUGAGCGAAAUGUGUCUAAAUUGACACUAGAUGGCGUUGAUGUGAUGGGUGACCGAUUGGCUGAAGAGGUUCUUGAAGUGAUUCAAAGAAAGCCCAAUCUGCGGAAGAUCUCCUUUGUUGCACAUUCUGUGGGAGGAUUAGUGGCACGGUAUACCAUUGGGAAACUGUAUAGACCGCCUGAGACUGAGAAAUUAGAGGCUUCAUCCGAAAACGGACACCUGCAAGAGUCAUAUGGUACAAUAGGUGGUCUAGAGGCUGUGAACUUCAUCACUGUUGCCACACCGCACCUUGGUUCAAGGGGUAAUAAGCAGGUACCGUUUCUUUUUGGUCUAACUGCGAUUGAGAAAAUUGCAAGUUUGAUUAUAUAUUGGAUAUUUAGAAGAACAGGCCAACAUCUUUUUCUGACUGACGAUGAUGGAGGAAAGCCUCCACUCGUUCAACGCAUGAUCGAAGACCAAGGGGAAUACUACUUCAUGUCUGCGUUGAAGUCAUUCAAACGUAGGGUCGUCUAUUCUAAUGUUGACUAUGACUCUUUUGUUGGUUGGAGAACAUCAUCAAUUAGACGUAUUAAUGAGUUGCCAAAGUGGGAAGAUGCCGUCAAUGAAAAGUAUCCUCAUGUUGUUUAUGAAGAACACUGCAAGGGUACUGAUCCUGAGAAGUGUGAACCAGCCUCGACAGAAGUUAGCUAUCCUGAAAGGCUGGAAGAGGAACUGGUGACAGGUCUAUCUCGUCUGUCAUGGGAAAAAGUAGAUGUUAGCUUUCAUCGCUCAAGACAGAGGCUUGCAGCUCACAGCAUUAUUCAGGUGAAAGAUCACACCGUGCAUAUAGAAGGUGCUGAUGUUAUAGAUCACAUAAUCGAUCAUUUUCAAACUUGAACUGCUAACAAACACAACCACAAUUACAUACUAGAGAUAUCGUUCAUCGUGGGUCGGAGAUGCUUUCGUUCUCUAAAAAGACUUGUUUCCACGAAACCUAUGAUUAAAAUUUAUCGAUCUCACUUCAUCCAUUAUAUUAUAAACUGUGCAAGAAUGGAUGAACUAAUGUUUCUUAUGACAGAUAAUCACUAUAAUUGUAGUAAUACUAGUUUAGCUAAGUGAUAAGUAGAGCCAAGACCAUGUUUCAAGAAACAAAUGGAAAAUGUUGGAUCAGAAAUCACAAAGAACAUGGUUCCUCUGUAAGUAAACUAAGAUUUCGAUAAAAGUUUGAACUUAGAUUAUGCUU